GAGACGUUGACUCCCCUUUUCGCAUUCUGCUGAGAUCCAUGGACACUGACGGAUUGCGUGAGGAACGACAGCUCUCUUCGACAUUUUCCUGCUGACUUGUGUGCGGAUCCGGAAAAAUUUCACAUUGUGCAGUGCAAGCGUGAAGACGGUGCAUAAUUGCGCGAAAUUGACGUGUGAAACUCUGGGAAAAUGGGCGGAAGUGAGGUGUGAUGCGGGACAGCAGUUCGAUGAUAGGGUGGUGAAGUGCUAUAUAUGUAGCUUUCGGCUGUGGCGGAGUUGGUAGCAGUAGCAGCACCAGCAUCCAGGCAAAGGAAAUCGAUUUUAGUCAGGUGUAGUCUGCGCUACGAGCCAGUUGAGCUUUCUGACCGUAUCCACAAUGUUUGCCGCCAUACAGUGAAUUUUAUAUGCUUGAACAUUAUUAUAUCUUAUAUACAUAAAAGUGCUUUUUCACAUCCCCAGAACUGAGGCAAUAUUGCGAAUUUUCCAAUGAUUAUGGGCUCUGGACACUGCUUUUGGGCAAUAUUUUACUUCGCCUGCCUGUGUAGUGCAUCUCUAGCCAACAAUGCCAACAUAAAUUUUAGAGAACGCGAAAAGAAGGUGUUGGAUCAGAUUUUAGGGAUUGGAAAAUACGAUGCUCGCAUUCGACCGUCAGGAAUCAAUGGAACUGCUAGUGAUUCGGCCACUGUCGUGAGGGUCAACAUGUUCCUUCGGUCGAUCUCUAAAAUAGAUGAUUAUAAAAUGGAAUACAGUGUGCAACUGACGUUUCGCGAACAAUGGCUGGAUGAGAGACUGAAAUUCAAUGACGUAGGAGGUCGCCUCAAGUAUUUAACACUGACCGAAGCGAACAGGGUUUGGAUGCCGGAUUUGUUCUUCUCCAAUGAGAAGGAAGGCCACUUCCACAAUAUCAUCAUGCCUAACGUCUACAUUCGCAUCUUCCCCUUCGGAUCAGUCCUAUACAGCAUACGAAUAUCCCUCACUCUCGCCUGCCCGAUGAAUUUGAAGCUCUAUCCCUUGGAUCGUCAAGUCUGCUCCCUACGAAUGGCCAGUUAUGGUUGGACCACUGAUGAUUUGGUUUUCCUCUGGAAGGAAGGAGAUCCUGUGCAAGUGGUGAAGAAUCUUCACCUUCCUCGUUUUACGUUGGAAAAAUUCCUCACUGAUUACUGCAAUAGCAAAACUAAUACAGGCGAAUACAGUUGUUUGAAGGUGGACCUACUGUUCAAGCGCGAAUUUUCGUAUUAUCUUAUACAAAUUUAUAUACCUUGCUGUAUGUUGGUAAUCGUAUCUUGGGUAUCAUUUUGGUUAGACCAAGGAGCUGUUCCGGCAAGGGUUUCACUAGGUGUUACAACUCUGCUCACAAUGGCCACACAAACGUCUGGUAUUAAUGCUUCCUUGCCACCUGUGUCAUAUACAAAAGCAAUUGAUGUGUGGACAGGUGUUUGUCUGACAUUUGUUUUUGGGGCUCUACUGGAAUUUGCACUUGUAAACUAUGCGUCCCGUUCAGAUCUGCAUCGGGAAAAUAUGAAGAAGAAGCGACGUGAAUUAGAACAAGCAAGUCUCGAUGCUGCAUCUGACCUUCUGGACACUGAUUCCAAUGCUACAUUUGCAAUGAAACCACUGGUAAGACACCCUGGAGAUCCGCUUGCUCUUGAAAAACUUCGACAAUGUGAAGUUCACAUGCAACCACCGAAGAGACCAAAUUGUUGUAGAUCGUGGCUAUCGAAAUUUCCAACAAGAUCGAAGAGAAUUGACGUUAUAUCGAGGAUAACGUUCCCACUUGUAUUUGCGCUAUUCAAUCUGGUCUAUUGGAGCACAUAUCUCUUCAGGGAAGAGGAGGAAAAUUAGACAAAUUCAAUUGUCAAAUUUCAUUUAUCCAGAAUGGAAAGUGAAGAAGAACCGUUGUGUUACAAUAUUUUGGAAAUAUCACCAUUUCUUAGAACAAAACAAAACCGAAACACCUUUAAAUACGUCAUCUUUCUUUUGUCAAAGGUAAGCCGAAUAAAUUCACCUCGAUUUCUGAACAUAUUGAAUUGACAUUUUGUCUGAUUGCAGAAUUCAUUUCAUAUUUAUUAUUAUGUAUACCAACGACUUCCUGGUAGCAAUAUUUUUUGUAUGUGGUUAAGUCUAUGAUAUAAAAUAUCUACAUAUUAAACAAUUAUAUGCAAUCAUUGCAGAGAAAAACCCCCGAAACGGGCUUAAAUUUGUCAAGGAAAUUCUAUGUUUUGCCUAAUGCUUCAAUAACUUGUAUCGAUUGCUCAAAAAUGUCUCUGUUAUUGGUAGAGUAAAGGGUGUAAACAAAAUUACUAUAAUGAUACAAACCGGUCUAUUUGCAUGAAAAGUCUACAGUUUAUUAUUUUGUGUUUUAAAGGAAAAAAAUACUGCCCAAUAAGAUGAUUAGAAUUUGCGUAUCACAGCAGCGAUUUAUGAAGAGAGUAUAAACUAUAGAAGAAUUAUUGGUUUUUCUUUGCUAUUUGCUUCUGAUGAAGAACAGCAAUUGGUUUAAUAUAAAAGUUAUUUGAUAAUUAAAUGUCUAACUUCUAUACAUAUAAAUUUAAUUUAUCUACUUAUUCAAGAAAAUAUAUCAUCGUUGAACAUUUUUCAAAGGUUUCUUCCUAAUAUCAUAUAAUGAAAUUGUUUGUAUACUCUAGCAUUAGAUUGAUUGAUGUGUUCAACCUUUCUUUCGGUCUAACCUAUGUUACUGGUAAUAUUGUAUGAUAUUUUAUUUCACAGCUGUGUGACAGCUUGUAAAGGAUUUUAUAUUGAAAUGAUAAUUUUUAUACUAAUAAAAUAAUGAGGAGAGAGUUCGUGAAUAGAGAAAUUGUUAGAAUGUGGUUUAGACGGUAAAACAUACUUGAAAAUAUAAUUGUUAGGAGUCUAGAUUUAUACGGACAAUGUAAUAAUGUAUUGAGUUUUUAUAGAGAGUGACACAGUGAUUCUGGUUAUCGUUGUAAGAUUUUUGAAUUAAGGAGUGAUGAUCGAUGUUUUCGUUUACAGACAUUAUUGUUUUGCAGACGGUUUAUCACAAUUACAGGAUAUCUGAGUUAUCUUAUAAUCGAAAUCUGCACUUUCAAUACAGGGUUUGCUAUUAAUAAAAAAAAAAAUGUCAUUGUAUAUAAGAAAAUUGUGACUAACAUAACACUUCACAGAAUAAAUGUAUGUAUGUACAACGUAAUAUUGAGGAUUUUGGAGGAAAACUAUGCGUACAUACAUAUGAGAUAUACUGUUAAACCAUUUCCCAUUUCCGUUUUCGAUAUCUAUAGUAGCACUUCACCUUCAGCAGCGUCCUUCAAUCUUCGGAAUCUACGCAGAAGUCAUCACAAUAAGGACUCAAUGAGAGUCUAGAGAAAGAACAGUAUUAUUUUAAAACUUAUGAGUCGUGUAACGAAUGACUAAUACUCAUGAAGGAAUACAACUAUAAAAUAAAGAAUAUAUAACACAAGUUAUGCUACAAGACAAGGUUAAAUUGUAAUAAUGAAAAAUCGUCAUUCAUCAGCAGUCUAGAGUUACUAAGGACGAGAGACUUUAGAAUAGUGAUUAAAGGAAUGCAUGCAAUGCAAAAUCAAUUAAGUACAGUUAAGUUGUGAAGAGAAUAACUAUAAACACGUUUCAAUUGUUUGUAUUAUGCAAAAGACAAAUCGCUAAAAGAGUUUGAAUACCAAGGAAAAAAAAGAAAACAUUAGGAUCUCAAUUUAACUAAGACAUCAAAUCAAAACUCAAUUUCAACUCACACUAGAAAUAUAACCCAAAAAACAAUGCAAUUACUAUAUGACGAAAUUGUUUACCCACAUUUUUUUCCUUUUUCAGAAAAAAAGGUUAGAUGGUUAAAUAAUAUCAGUAAAAGAAAAUAUGGUAGUUAAGAUAAAUAAUCACAAAUUUAUUUAGAAACCAAACAUGA